GUUUAGAGUAACACAGCUGUAACAUGUUAGCUGAAAAAUACCCGUCUUGCAGGGUUAUAAGUGAUUACUCAGUCACAGCGAUAAAAUCACCGGUAGUGAAAUAUCGCUCAUCACUAUCUUAAAUUGGCAAUUAUUUGUUAAGGUAUCGAAUUGCGUUGAAAAUUCUAAUAAAAAGAUUAACGUGCUUUUAGUUAAUGACGGAACUGUAAUUAGGGCAAAUUAAUGGUUGGACAUUGAUUCUAAAAGGCUGCUUAAUUGAGUAAUACUACGUAACAAACUAUACAAGAAAGAUCGUCUAAAAAAAAAUGAGGUUAACUAACAAAUUGUGCGCCCAACAUCUAGGAUGGACUUUCAAGAAACAUUGGUUAGUUCAAGGAAAAAGGGUACCGCGUGAUACAGGUGCUGCGGCUGAAGUGAUAAAAAAUGGAACUUCCAUUCGAAAUGUUGAAGAUUUAUCAAAAUCGGAUGCAUAUGCUAAACAGGGAAGAAAUUAUAUUGGACAGGACAAAAACCACGAUUGGAACACAAAGUCGUGCCACUUAUUUGGAGACAAUAACGUCUUACUUAAAGGGAUUCAGCAAGCUCAACUGCUUACUAAAACUAUAGAAGUACCAAGUUUACCCGAAGGCAUUCAGGAUUCUUUAGAUAAAAUUCAAAUAUCUGGAUUGUUUGAGCGCAAUAUAAAAGGUGCAAUUCUAGCUUCAAAUAUAUUUUCAGCAGAUCAAGAAAAGCUACAUAAAAAGAAAGAUACUUUGCGUCCAGAAUAUAAUCUUCCCCGAGAAUAUGGUAUACCAAAAGAAAAAAAAAUUAUGGUAUUAGUUAAUAAACUGCUCACAGAAUGCGAGAAGAUUGCUGGUCACAACAUUAAUUCCGAACGUCGCAUAAUUGACCAAGUGAACUUUAAUUUUACUUUGCCUAGAAAUGAUGAUUUAUUACUAUUUAGGAUUAAUGCAGAGAAACUCAUUACUUCAAGACGUCCUCUUGCAUCAAUUCAGGGCAAAUUCGAUUCAGAAUUGCCAAAUUUAUAUCCUCUAAAAUGUACAAUAUCUAUGCCAAGGGAGCACCUAUACUCAAAUAAAACAAUAUGCCCAUUUAGCCAAAACUUAAAUUUUCAUCCACAUACAAUAAUUUUAAAUUUUGAUAAUGACAAGGUAGCAAACUUUCAUGACGUUCCAGUAAAGAUAUCACAAUUCCAAAGUCGUAAUAUGCUUAAAGCGUUUACAGUAGCUGCAGCACGAGCUAAACAGCUUUAUGGAGAAUCAGCCGUCGAUAAAUUGACAAGACCAAUUGUUGUGCAAAGUAUACAGACAGAUGGACGUACAUUUCACUUUGGCGUAUUUCAACUAAAUGAUUUACGUAUUGAUGCAUUAGAAGGACCUAAGAAUUAUUGGUUUCACUCAUGUAAUCAUGAUCUUUUCGAGAAAUGCGAAUAUGUUUCUGGAAUACCUAAAUUGAAGGGAUUUAACAAGGAAGUUUUACGAUAUAUAUAUGCAUUUUAUAUUAAUUCUUAAAAUCUUAAAGAUUUAUUAAGAAAAAGUCGGAAUCUAAUUCCAAUUAUAAUAAACUUUGUUUGAGAAAUAAAAAUGAGAGAAAAAUGAA